AUGGUUUCGCCCUCUGUAGGUGACCGCCCUGCUCUCCCAGCACUGAAGCAGCAGUUCAGCAUCUCUGAGCUGAUCGUGUGCCGAGGCGACGCCCAGAACCACACGGUGGGUUCAGAGGAGACGGGACUGCAGGAACACACUGAAGAAAACUGCCUCUACUGUGUAGGAGCCAUCGUCCUCGGAUACCCCACACAGCCACAGAUCAACAGCACACACCCUCGGACAGACUAUGUCGACUUCCCAUCAUGGGGAGGGCAGAGCGGCCAUCGUCUGGAGGUGAUGCCUCAGUCCAAGUUUUCUGGGGUGUCGGGCUGCAGCGACGCUGCCGUGUCACAAGGCUCAAUUUGUAGCACGCCUACACCUGCUGACAUUGUCAUAGGUGGCAAGGCCAUAUCAGAAGAUGGCCCCGCCUCCCGAGUCCUGCUGAGGAAGGAGGUGCUCCGCCUCAUCAUCAACCUCAGCUCCUCUGUAGGAACCAAAGGCCACGAAACAGGACUACUGACGAUAAAGGAGAAGUUUCCCUAUGCGUUUGAUGACAUCUGCCUGUACUCUGAGGUUUCCCACCUCUUAGCCCACUGUAUGUUUCGCCUGACCUCAAGACGUUUUAUACAGGAACUCUUCCAGGACGUGCAAUUCAUGCCGAUGUAUGAGGAAGCAGAGGCAAUCCUGACAAAACAACCAAAACUUGCUGAAGAGGAUGGUGACCCUCCUGCAGAAUCCUGAUCAUCCUCCCCCCUUGUGUUACCUGCACAGCCCCGGUCCUGCCACCUUACGAACAUAAAUAAAAAAAACGACUGAGAAAAUAUAAGAAAUAAGGUUGGGGAGGCAUCUGGCAUGUUUCUGUUGCUUAAAACAGAGUACUAUAUCCAAGGAAGAGGAGGAGGUGGUCAUUGCUCGCCUUUCUUGGAAACAAAAGGCUGUCGGUAUCUGUAAACAAAAUUUAACCGGACUCGCCUAGUGCUGUUUCAGACUUUUUUUUUCAAACAGGAAAAAGGGGGAGCAGUUUAACCAAAUACUGUUUUCAGAUGGGUCGGCAAUCUUGAACAACACUCAAUAAUGCAUCAACACAAUGCUAAAGGACAAGCUGGAACAUUAAGACAAAGACUCACAUUGUGUUCAAAAGAAGAAAAAAUAGUUCUAUCAGCAUUUUAUCUCUUUCCAGAGGUGGUGUUUUUCUGUAAUGAAAUGAAUAAGGCAUGUUGUUGUGUCUACCCAGUGAUUCCUCUGACCCCACAUUCUUUUCUCCGUAUGAAACAAAACACUACAGAAGGGUCCUGCUGUUUUAAAAACUUGUCCGGAGCCUCCCUGGUUCACGUCCCACCCUGACUUGUGAUCUGUUCUAGCCAGGUAACGUGCUUUUGCUUCUCUUGCCUCACCACUUCCUACAACCUGUAGCCUCGUUUCAGCACAGACAGCCAAUUACUUUUCUAUUUCUUGUAUCUCAGACAAUCAAACAUCACUAGUAUUGUAUUUUCUAAAGCACUAUAUAUGCCAACCUUACACAAUACAUGAGGAGAAUAGCAUGUAAUUUAAUGCUAGUUUAUGCCAUCCUUUACUUGCUUAGGACCUUUGGUGUUUUUCUUCAGCCAUCGCAUCAUUAGUAAUCUUAUCAGGAGAUGGGUUGAUCUUUUGGAAAGAUGCUCUGUUGUACAAGUUAAUCUUUAGAAUGAUUCAUUACAGAUUUAGUACCAAACUCUACUCACAAGACAUCUCCAAAACCUGCAUAAGCCCAGCAGCCCCCCAGCUCUAUGCCUUCUUACCUC